AUGGCUCCAGCGGCGGGUGGAAAUGAAGUUGAUCAUGAGGCGAAUUUUAUUCUGCGCGCGCUUGUCAAGCACUGGACCGUGAAUCCAAUUGUCAAGUCUCCAGCUCUAGAGGAGCGAGAAAAGUACCUGUUUUUGUACGUAAAACUCAUCCGCUUCAACCGAUGGAUGAUGUUCGCUUCGUCAUUCCUGAUCCAGUUUUGCUGUGGCUCACUCUACUCCUGGUCCAACUUCAACGAUCCCAUCGACACUCUCAUAUACGGAACUAAGACCGCGAACAAAGCACCCAUCACCUUCUACAUUGCAGUCGGGAUGUUCGGAACGACUGCGAUGAUCCUGGGGCCAUGGCUGGAGCGGCACGGCCCUCGUCGGGGGCUGUCGCUGGGAUCGACCGUGUUCGCAAUCGGGCAGGGCAUCACAGCGCUCUCGCUGCACAGAAAAUCGAUCGUGGGAGUGUACAUUGGCUAUGGAGUGCUGGGCGGAUUCGGGCUGGGGCUGAAUUACAUCUCGCCCGUGUCGGCGCUGCAGAAAUUCUUCCCGGACCUGCGAGGAGUGGCGGCCGGAUUCGCGGUGGCCGGAUUCGGCGCCGGCUCCAUCGUCUGGAGCAAAGUGAUCCUGCCGCUGAUCGACCGCUACGGGCUGCCGGGAACCUUCGCCAUCCUCGGCGCAGUUCUGGCCGGCACCAUGCUGCUCUGCGCCGUCGUCCUGCGCACCCCGCCCAACGACUUCACCGUCCACGGGCUCGACGUCCGCGGAGAGAAGGUGACCGACAACGACGUCGAGGGCGUCGCCAAGGACGCGGCGGCGGCGUGGUUGGAACCGGACCACAGUCGCGCCCCGACCUUGAGCCUGAUCCAGUCGCUGCGGUCGGCGGACUUCUUCUUCAUGUACCUGAUGUUCUUCGCGAACCAGAUCUUCGGGCUCGUGGCGCUGUCGCGCCUGUCGGACAUGGCGCAGGACCUCUUCGGGCAGUCGCGAACCGAAGGCACCAACGUGGUGUCGAUCAAUGGCGUGUUUAAUUGCCUGGGCCGACUGUGUCUGCCCAUGCUCGCCGACGUAGCCAUCAAGACGCUGAAGACGAACCCGCCGUUCGCGCGCAAGCUCGUCUUCCUCUUCAACCUCGUAGUGCAGAUCGUCGUGGUGGCCAUUCUGCCGCACCUCAUCAACCGCGGCAACUACGACGGCUUCCGCGCCGUUAUCUGGACGCUCACCUUCACGUACGGGGGCGGGUUCGGCACCAUACCGUGCUUCCUGACCGACAUGUUCGGACCGUACAACAUCGGGGCACUUCACGGCAUGAUCCUUACCGCCUGGUCCAUCGGCGGCGUCGGCGGCGGCCUCGGCUUCACUUCCGUCUUCGACCGGCACAAGCCCUCGGCCGCCGACGCCAACAUUCCGGGAGCCUUCGACAAGGCCUACGAGAGCAACUUCCACUGGAUUCUGGCCGUGCUCGUCGUCGGCCUCGUGAUGCUCUUCUUCGUGCGCACCGAUCCGGCCUCCCGAUCGGCUCCCGGCUACAAAUUCAGCGUUUUCGGCAUGACGAUCGUCCACUUCGCGCGGUAG